GUGUAAACAUAUUAAUCAGCACAAAUCAACGAAUCACCAGCCUCGGUCACUGACAGCCAGCGCACGCCUGUAUUUGCAGCCAGCCUACACGUCGUCUCGUAUUGAAAUCUUGGCCAAACAUGAGAGAGUGGACUGAGCACCUCAGGGACAUGCUUCUCCAGCCAGAGGGCCGCUCCUCCUCUGCCAUGCUCCCCAGCAGAGGACUCUGGGUUUGACGGAACGGAAGCAUCGCUCCCACUGAUGGCCUGGUGUCGGUUUCAGCUGUCCUGCUGAAGCUAUGGGAAGCUGCUGGAGCUGUCUGUACAGAGACUCCAUUCAAGACAACCACCCCAACAAGUUCAAGGUGACCAAUGUGGACGAUGAGGGGAACGAGUUGGGCUCGGGCACCAUGGAGCUCACCCAGACGGAGCUCAUCCUUCACACGCGCAAGCGCGACGCCAUCCGGUGGCCCUACCUCUGCCUGCGGCGCUAUGGAUAUGACUCCAACCUCUUCUCCUUCGAGAGUGGACGCCGCUGCCAGACUGGCCAGGGGAUCUUUGCGUUCAAGUGUUCGCGUGCGGAGGAGAUCUUCAACCUCCUGCAGGAGCUCAUGCAGUGCAACAGCAUCAACGUGGUGGAGGAGCCCAUGAUCAUGACCCGGCCCACACACGGCCCAGAUAUGGACCUGGCUCGCACGCCGCAGACACCCAGCACUCCUGCGUUCCCAGUUCAGGGUUUCCCCAAUGGAUAUCCAGGCUACUCAAUCAGCGGAGACUCAUCUCAACCGUCACUCAACGAGGACCACGGACACAGCCUCAUGGGCCUGGAUGACCCGGCCCACACGUACGUCAACACUGUUAACGUGGAGGGGGAGCUCUCCAGCCGACACUGUGUGCACUCGCUGCCCGAGGUGAGGCCCAGCUCCUUCCAGGAGAGUGCGCGCGGUGGGGUGGCCAGCGGCGGGGGAGGGGGAGGGCCCGGCUCACUCCACUGCUGUGGGCCCCUUGAGGACCCCCACAAGGACCCCCAGGUUUUCCUCCAGCCGGGCUCGCAGGAGGUGAAGUUCAUGCUGGGCCCCACGCCGGCCCAGCGGCACCUGAUGGAGAGGGACCAGCAGCGCCACGCGCACCAGCUGCCCCCGCACAUGCUGCGCGGUGGAGGAGGAGGUGGAGGUGGAGGAGGAGGAGGAGGAGGAGCGGAGACCAGCUCAGGCACGGAGGGAGAGGAGCCGCCAUCAGUCCACAUGUGCAACAGCCACCCCUACCACCACUACCACCACCACCACCUGAAGCACAUGCACCCGGACAGCUGUCCGCAAAGCCAGCUCACCUACGAGAACAUCAACGGGCUGCGGGGGGUGCCCGGCCAGCGCCACAGCCCCAGCAGCGUGUCCCAGUCGCUGGGCUCCAGCAGCAGCAGCAGCACGGGGGACAUGCACCCGCACCCGCACUCGCUGCCCAUGGUGUCGCACGCCCACCCCUCCUCCGCCUCGCUGCCCCACCCCAUGCCCCCGCCCCAGGCGUACGGCUGCGACAAGAUGGGCGGCGGCGGAGGGGGACACCGCAGGACGGCGCUGCUCAACUACGAGAACCUGCCGUCGCUGCCGCCGGUGUGGGAGUACCGCGCCCUGCAGCGGCACGAGGACGAGGACGAGGAGGAGCAGGACGAGGAAGACGACGAGGACGAAGACGACUACGACGAGGACGAGGACGAGGACGAGGAGGAUUACGACUACGAGUUCUCCGAGGGGCCCGGCACACCCAACGGCUACCACCAACAGGAAGUCCACCGCGACGCCCUGCAGAACUACGUCAACACUGAGCAGAUGCAGAUACCGGCGCCGCCGCGCCACGCCUGCCCGCCGCCACACCUGCCGCCCCACCCGCAGAGGCCCUUCCCGGGGGAGGGUGGGGCUGGCCGCGCGUUCGGCUUCACCCACUUGCGAAGGAGAUCCGGCGGAGGGGGAGGGGGCAUGUCGCGGGGCGGGAGAGGAGGCUGCGAACACACUCACAUGCCCCAGCCGCCCUCGUCGCGCCAGCUCAACUACAUCCAGGUCGACUUGGACGGCGAUGCGCCCUCGGGCUGUCAGGGACACGGGGGAGUGGGGCCCAGGGGGGGGGGGGGGGGGGGAUCCGGGGCCAUGGCGGCAGCGGCAGCGAUGGGGCCCAUGUCAGGGGCCCCGGGGAGGCCCCCUCCUCACAAGAGGAGCAUGAUGCCCUCGGCCUCGGGGCCACCCCCCUCCUCGCGCCGCAGCGAGUUCUACGCCGUCAUCGACAUGAAGAAGACGGUAGCCAUGUCCAACCUGCAGAAGGCGCUACCGCGAGACGACGGCACCUCGCGCAAAACUCGCCACAACAGCACUGACCUGCCUCUGUAG